AUGGAUAUUCUGCUUAGCCCAAAGAAGCUGAUUAAAAUGACCAGGAACUUGCCGAAGGUGUCAGUUAUUGGGAGGAGGAAAGCUUCAUCCCUAAGAGCUGCUAACGGUAACAGGAGGAAUACUAGUGCUACAGAUAAAGGCACCUUUGUUAUCUACACCCUUGAUGAGAGGCGCUUUGUGCUUCCCUUGUCCUAUCUUUCUAACUACAUUUUCCAAGAGCUAUUCAAGAUGUCUGAGGAAGAAUUCGGAAUAUCGAGUAGAGAUCAUAUUGUUUUCCCAUGUGAUUCACGCCUCAUGAACUACAUAGUCUCGCUAGUGAAGCUGGGAAUGAGUGCAGAUUUGGAGAAAGCAUUACUCAACUCUAUCAUUAGAAGUAGUUGCUCCAUAUCUACUUUUGAUCGUCGAGGACAGACAAGCAAACAAUUACUUCUUUGUGGUUACUGA